AUCUCUCUCUCCCUUUCUCUCCCCUGUCGCUCCCGCUCCGCUGUACACUGGAAGAGAGCUCCAGCGGCGUAAGGCAACAGAAAAGGAGGCGACUCUGCAGAAAAAGCCCACUCCCUCCCUCCCUCCUUCUCUCGCCGCCAUCGCCUCCGCCUCCAUCCUUUUCCCACCCUCUUUUGAAUUGAAAGGAAGAAAGAACCAGCAAGGAAGUAUGGAGGAAGAAUUGCAGAAGCGGAACACGGAUUGCGUUUACUUCCUCGCUUCUCCCCUCACUUGCAAGAAGGGAGCUGAAUGUGAUUAUCGGCAUAGUGAGAUGGCAAGGCUCAAUCCUAGGGAUUGCUGGUUCUGGUUGUCCGGAACCUGCCUUAACCCAACCUGUGCCUUCAGACAUCCUCCUCUAGAGAAGCCAGCUGAAGCUUCUUCAGAAUCGGGUCCAGCGCCAAGUCAGCCUCCUCAACAAUCAAACAAGACCUCUGUACCUUGUUACUUCCACUUCCAGGGCUACUGCAGCAAAGGCGAGAAAUGCACAUUUUCCCAUUCUCCAGAUGUCAGCUCCAUCCCAACUGCAAAAACUCUGAAGCCACCGCCUCCCACCAACAACUCUGUUGUUCAUCCUGCUGACAGCAAUAACAAGACUCUGUCAGGAACUAAAGCUGCAUCUGUCCCCGCCCCCAAGGCGCAGAACAAUAUUCCCCUAGCAACUCAUCAGAAGCCAUCUGUCCCUAAAGAUGUGGUACCAAAGAGUUCCUCUCUCCAAAUCAGUGCGCCUCAUGGUGAUCCAGCUGGUGUUCUCGAGUCUUCUGAUACCUUGUUGCCAUCUGAAAGCUACAACGAGGCCGGAUCAUACAUGGGUGCUGCUGAUCAGGACUCAGAAGAGAACAUUGAUGGUCAUGUAGAACCGGAGGAGCGGUGGGAAUCAUCUCCCGGUUUCGAUGUUCUCGUCGAUAAUGAUGAAGAGGCAGAAGAUCAAAAUCUAUGCUACGAGAAUGAGCAGGAGUACAUGGUGUCCCUCAACAGGGAAGAAGGUAGAGAGCUUGAUAGCAAUCUUCCAUUUGUGGAAUAUGAGUUAGAAGAACGGCAAGUUGAGUAUGAACGGCGAUUGGGAUCACGUGAAAGGCGCGGAGUGGAUCUCCGGGACCACCUGAGGAAACGCCGUGCCAUCGACGAUGGUGAGCCACCCUUGGAGAGAUCGAUGAGAAGGCGGCACCACGACGAAUCACUUCCACGCAGGGACAGGAGCCGUGAAAGACCUUACAAGCACGGACUGAGUGAAAGGCUACGUGGGAGAUUGGCAUCUGAGGUGGGAGGAAGGAAUGGUAGUGAUUAUGUAAUACCCUCAAGGCACUCUCCGUAUGAUAGGGCACCAAGGCUACACCACAGGGAAAGAAGGGGGGUACCAAGGAGGCCACAGCCACCUUUUAUACCUUCUGAGAGGGAUUUUGUGCCAUCAGAGUUGAGGAGGAAGCCAGUUGGAAGAGAGAGGUCAGUUGAGGUAUCUGGGGAAUUUUCGGGGCCAAAGAGUCUUGCUCAAAUAAGAGAAGAGAAGAGAAGGGUCGUUGAGAGAAAUGGGCAUUACAACGAGGACAGAGAUGACGAUGAUAUGGGUGUAAUUGAGUCAGCGAAUUUCGAUGGACCGAAGCCACUGAACGAGAUUCUGAAGGAGAAGAAGAAGUUGAGUUCUUUUGUAGAGUACAACAACGGUAGCAGCAACUGAGAAAAAUGCCUGAAGGAAGGAAAGUUUGUGGAUGAAAGAUUUGGAUCGAGUAAAGGGUUGUUUGAUUAUUUUUAUAGGGAGAUGAUGAUGAUGAAGAAGAAUGAGCUUCCCUUUUUAGAUUCUUCUGGGGGAAUUUGUGCUGUAGUGUAUUUUGUCUUCUAGAGGAGGGGCUCUUUUUUUUUUUUUUUUUUUUUUUCUGUAACACAGUUCUUCAACCUUCUGUUAUUCGCUACAGAUAUCUGUGUCCAGCUUCAGCUGCUGCUGCUGUGCCAUGGCUUAGUAGUGAAAACCAUGCAGGCCAGGGGUUGGUCAUUGGUGGCAUUUGUAUUGAGAAUUCUGCUAGCUUUAUGGUGGGUGGCAUUUAUAGUGGGUUUUCUUACCCAGAGUAUUUGGGAGAUCAAAAUCUAGUGCUCUCGGGUCCGGAUGGUUGUGGUGUGUGCGAAACGAGGAAAAUCAAAAGGUUGUGGACGU